GUAUUAAAAUUUCAAAUUUUUUGCAGAUAUUAUCAUCAUGAUCCCAUCCAUGGAUAUAAAACGAAGGUUAGGUUCAGUCUUGCCAAAGAAAUUUCAAAAUGAGAUGGUGAAGUUUCACUUCAACCAACCAGUUUAUAUAACUGGUGAGACUUUAAUGAGCACUACAAUGUUAAAUUCAAAUCCAAGUGGACCAAUGAACAUUGUAGAUCCUAAAGCCAAUUAUGUUGCUGCAGCUGAUUUGGAGGAAGGAAAGCACCGGUACCUGGUAUCUGGCCGGUAUGAUGGUAGCAUGGCUGUGCAUGACUUGCACACCACAACCCUCCAGACCAUCAGCCCCAUCUCUAGGACAGUCUUCCCAUGUGUUGUCCAAAUGCAAAACAUGAAACCAAACCUUCACAAGAAACCUGUGACACGAGUUCAGUGGUAUCCAGGAGACUACGGUCAUUACAGCACAUCCAGCCGCCAUGAAAACACUGUCAAACUUUGGGACCCCAACAGAGAAUGCAUGACAGAAGAGUUUAAAUUUGAAAAUUUUACUGUUGCCGACCACGCAUAUUCCUAUCACCAACCCAUCAUUGCUGUGUCUAUUGGGGGGGAUGUUUGCAUUAUCGACUUACGCACUGGACACAUCGGACAAAAAAUGCAACGACCAAAAUUAACAGCCAAUAAAUUUCGCCAUUCUGCACAACAGCCUGCAAAUGAAGAUGCGCAGUCAUCUGGAAAAAUUGACUUAUUGCCCGAUAUCUCACGAUUUUCGUCGGGAAGAACCGCUUCGGCGUGGAUGGCGAAUCUCGACCAGCAAAUAGAAGUCAUGCGGUCAGCAUUACAGCUUCGAGGAGCCAGCAGAAACGAGAACAAUGAAGCUUUCCUUGGCUUUGACCGUGCAUCGACGAGAUCUGCGUAUCGAACGUAUCGACUCGGGCGUGAACAGCAAAAAUGUAAAUUUUUGGGGGCAGACGUCGAGCUAAAAUCGACGUGUGUGCGUUUUCAUCCUGCUAUCCCAUCUGUCGUAACCGCAGGCUACUCUGAUGGAGCUGUUGUAUUGUGGGAUGUGCGCUCGAGCCGUAGCUAUAUCUGCAACAUCAUGGAUGGUUUGCCGGAGCAGUCAAAGCGACCGACAGAUUCGUUAGUUGGAAUAAGAUACUCCCAUGACGGUCAUCACUUGGUGACGUACACCGCGCGACAAGUGUCGGUCUGGGACGGCCUCAGCGGAGAAUCCAAGAUUGCUCGUAUAAGUUUCGAUCAAUGUCCGAAGUUGACGAGUUGCGGAUGCAAUGGGAUAAACGAAUUACAGAUUUCAACCGCCGCAAGCCGUGCCUUCAUGAAUAUUGGCCCCGGAAUUUUUGUCUUUGACCUAAUUUCUGGUGCUCAGCUGUCACGGUUCCGGGGAGGGCACAUGAGAUCCAUCUCCGGUCUAGUCCUCGACAACAGUCAACACCGAAUUUUUUCCUAUGGCAUUGACGCGAACUUCAUUUCUUGGAACUUCCAAUCGAAGGAAUUUUCGAAAACUGUCAAGACGAAAGGAAUCCCCGCUGAUCAGCCCAGUGAAAGACGUUGGCAUGAAGAGGAUGCUUGGAGCUCCGAUGAAGAUUAAGUGUGUUGUACAGUUCAGAAUUUUCUCGAGUAUCUAGUUGUUGUCUUCGUUCUUUUUACUUUUUCAUUAAGAAUCUUUUUUGAAAAGGCCUCUGAAUAUCCUUUUUUGAAGUCAUUGGAACAAAGGUUAUAUCAUAUCUUGGACAAGGUUGUGAACAGCGUUAAAUCACUACGUCAGAGGGGUAAUGAAAUAAGAAAUUAUUUUUGCAAAGUUUGUUUACUUACUUGAAGGAAGAAAGGGGUACAUUUUUGACUUGGUACUGAUGCCCAGAUUAUUUUUGUUAAAGUUCAUAGAAUGAA